GAUCACUACCUCGACUUCUUUCCAAGCUGUGUUCCGCGAUUCACCCAAACCGUAUAAUUACCAAAUUAAAAUUAUUGUUUGUUUCGUAUUUUCUGUGUUCUGCUGUUCUGCGACGUCGAUCUCUGCUCUCUGCUUGCUCUCCCAUGGCCAGGCCAAAAGCUCAAAGAAGAACCCUUGAUUCUUACACAGUCAAACCCAUAAACAAAGCCAUUACGGCCGGCGACUGCGUGCUCAUGCGGCCGUCCGACCCGUCAAAUCCGUCCUAUGUGGCUAGGAUUGAGCGGAUCGAAGCUGACUCGCGUGGCGCCAACGUGAAGGUCCACGUCCGGUGGUAUUACCGGCCGGAGGAGUCAAUCGGCGGCCGGCGGCAGUUUCACGGUUCUAAGGAGGUUUUCCUUUCUGAUCAUUUUGAUGUUCAGAGUGCCGAUACAAUCGAAGGCAAGUGUACGGUUCACAGUUUCAAGAGCUACACGAAACUUGACGCUGUCGGAAACGAGGAUUUCUUCUGUCGCUUCGAAUACAAUUCCGCCACCGGUGCUUUCAAUCCUGACAGAGUAGCUGUAUACUGCAAAUGUGAGAUGCCCUACAACCCUGAUGACCUAAUGGUCCAGUGUGAGAGUUGCAGUGAUUGGUUUCAUCCUGCCUGUAUAGAUAUGACCGUGGAGGAAGCCAAAGGACUUGACCACUUCUUUUGUGAAAACUGUUCUGGCGAAGGCCAACAGAAUGCACAAAAUUCUCAUACUUGAAGACACUCAGAUACCAAGGUGAAUAUAAAACGCCAUCGAAGGUGAUAAUGAUACUAUAUAAGCUUAAAAUGAAGUAGAUGUACGAGGUUGUUGCUGGAUACCACGCUUUUCUAAUCCUGGGUAACGGUACAAAACAAACACAGAGGCAAUCCACAGGUGUCUUUCUGUUCGUGUCGUAAAAGACUGAUAUGGAAAUGUCUGUUAAGUCCGUUUGGUUUGAGUGAUCAUCCUGUUUCCUUUGGAAGUCGAGGAUGUUUGCUUGUGUGUAAUUAUGUUAGUAGACUCUCUAUGUCUCUGUCCUUGCUUCUGGACUUUGUAAAGUAUCUUGAUUUAGUUAUAUAUGAGACUAAGUAGACAGCUUUUUUAUAUAGAAAAUACUGAAGAACAAAAUCAUAUUUUCCUUGAGUC